CCUAUUCUCUCGUGUAACAAGUCAAGAGACAACACGCCAGCUCGCGCGAGCUUAGGUAUCUAGACGACCCGCAGUUUCUUUCGGACGAGAGCCGUAAGGAAGGACCAUGUCCGUCCAAGUCCCGGUACACCGGCGGGUUGAGGACAGCUUCGUUCUCCCUCAGGGACAGAAACCGUCACUGCUCUUUGGCCCGACAGACCCGCCCCUGGUAGACUUGACACUGGGAGAGCUGCUCAACCUGCAGUGUCUGCACCAUGGGACGCGAGAAGGUCUGGUGUUCCCCUGGACCGGCGCCCGAUGGACAUACAACGAGCUCAACCACCACAGCCGGCUGCUGGCCGCGGCUCUGCUGGAGAUGGGCAUCGGCGUCGGCGACCGAGUCGGCAUCAUGGCGGGCAAUUGCGAACAGUACGCCGCCGUAUUCUUCGCCGCAACGAGGAUCGGCGCCAUCCUGGUCAUCCUCAACAACACGUACACCCCGACGGAGGCGCAGUACGGCCUCGAUUUUUCCGAAUGCAAAGUCUUCUUCACGACCAAGCGGAUAGGCCGGCUUGACCAAGGCCCGUUGCUCAGCCAACUGGCAGCAAGAGCCCGCGGGCCGAAGGUCGUCAUUCUCAGAGGCGAGUCGGACGGGUACACCACGUACAGCGAUCUGCUGUCCCAGGGGGCACGGGUCAAUCCAGACAGGCUCCAUCAAGCCGAGACCAAGGUGCUCCCUCACCUGGUGUGCAACCUGCAGUUCACCAGCGGCACGACAGGCCUGCCCAAGGCCGCCAUGCUCACCCAUCACAACAUCGUCAACAACUCCCGCUUCAUCGGCGACCGCAUGCGUCUCACCCCGGCCGACAUCCUCUGCUGCCCGCCGCCGCUCUUCCACUGCUUCGGCCUCGUGCUCGGCCUGAUGGCCGUGAUCACGCACGGCGCCAAGAUCGUCUACCCGGCCGAAGUGUUCGACGCGCGCGCCACGCUGCGCGCCCUCGUCUCGGAACGCUGCACCGCGCUGCACGGCGUGCCCGCCAUGUUCGACACGCUGCUCGCACUGCCCGAAGCCAAGGCGGCGCUUCCGAGAUCGGAUUUGGGGCUGUCGCUGCGGACGGGCAUCGUCGCCGGCGCGCCCGUGCCGCGCCACCUGAUGGAGCAGCUCGUCGCGCGCCUGGGCAUGGCCGAGUUCACGUCCAGCUACGGGCUGACCGAGGCCAGCCCGACCUGCUUCAACGCCUUCACCGACGACCCGCUCGACGUGCGGCUGACGACGGUCGGCACGCUGAUGCCGCACGCGCUGGCCAAGAUUGUCGACCGCGACGGCAACAUCGUGCCCGUCGGCACGCGCGGCGAGCUGUGUAUCGGCGGGUACCAGCUGCAGGCCGGGUACUGGAACAACUCGGAGAAGACGAGCGAGGUGAUGGUCCGCGACGAGAGCGGCGUGCUGUGGCUGCAUACCGGGGACGAGGCCGUGUUUGACGAGCGCGGCUACUGCUCCAUUACGGGGAGGUUCAAGGACAUCAUCAUCCGCGGCGGCGAGAACAUCUAUCCGCUGGAGAUUGAGGAGCGGCUGGUGGCGCAUCCGGCUGUUUCCAUGGCUGUCGUGGUCGGGCUGAAGGAUGCGCACUACGGCGAAGUCGUCGGCGCGUUCCUGGCGUUGGAUGAAGCUUACCAGCAGCAGCAGCAGCGGCCCGGUGUGGAGGAGAUCAGGGAGUGGGUCACGCGGACGCUGGGCAAGCACAAGGCGCCGGCCCAUGUGUUUUGGCUGGGUCAAGACGGUGUGCCGGCCACGGUGCCGCUGACGGGCAGCGGCAAGGUGCGCAAGUUUGAGAUGGCCCAGCUGGGGAACAAAUUGUUGGCAGCGAAGGCAAAGCUUUGAAUUUUCAUAGUUCCUUUGGCCUGGUGGGAGGGGUAAAACAAAACAAAACAAGCAAACUGUAAUCUGUAAAGAGAAGGAUAACAGAUAAACACAGGUAGUAGCAGUUUGCAAAGAGUGGCGAGGAACUAGAUAUUCAAGCACUUACCUCACUAACAACACUCACUGUUCUCGGCU